GCUCGUUGUUUCCAAGAGCCGGUGUCUAACGGAGACAUUGGUCGUUUGAACGUCUUAUCUGUGUAUACCGUCUAUUUUACGCAGCUGUUUACAAAACAUUGCUGGAACCGCGCGGCGUAUACAUUCGUACACCGGGACGAAGUUUCGGGCUUUACUUUUCUGGAUCACAAGCGGGUUUUUCUUCUGUUCGGAUGAGAGGACCCCGACCGCAUUUGUGUCGCUGCAACGUGGACUUACAGCUCUAAGGGGAGCCGGGAGAGUCUCACUAUCGGAAUAAAAUAACUGUUUUCAACCAAAACAGAACAAAACACGAAGAGCACACACGUCGUCGACCUGUGGUGGAUACCCUAAAAGGAAUGCUGCUGUCCAAGCUCAAUUCUCUGGCCCACAUUUCCACCGACAUGCCGGCGAAAAUCCAGCUCCAAGUUCAUCAAGUGAAGGAGAAGGAGCCCUUCGAGAAGCUGUAUCAGGUCGGCGCCGUGCUGGGAAGCGGCGGGUUCGGCACUGUCUACUCCGGUACGAGGGUAGCCGACGGAGCUCCGGUUGCUGUCAAACAUGUGGCCAAGGACAGAAUCUCCGAGUGGGGAGAGCUGCCUAAUGGCUCCCGGGUCCCGAUGGAGAUCGUGUUGUUGAAGAAGGUCGGGACGGGCUUCCGCGGCGUUAUCAAAAUGCUGGACUGGUUCGAGCGGCCGGACAGCUUCAUCAUCGUGAUGGAGAGACCCGAGAACGUGAAGGACCUGUUUGACUUCAUCACGGAGAAAGGUGCCUUACCGGAGGAGCUGGCGCGGAGCUUUUUCCGCCAGGUGCUGGAGGCCGUGCGGCACUGCCACAACUGCGGGGUGGUGCACCGGGACAUCAAGGACGAGAACAUCCUCAUCGACCUCCGCACCGGAGAGAUGAAGCUCAUCGACUUCGGAUCCGGAGCCUUACUGAAAGACACCAUUUACACAGACUUUGAUGGCACAAGAGUGUACAGCCCGCCAGAGUGGAUCAAAUAUCAUCGCUAUCACGGUCGCUCUGCCACAGUUUGGUCCCUGGGUGUCCUGCUGUAUGACAUGGUGUGUGGUGACAUCCCAUUCGAACAUGAUGAGGAGAUCACGAGAGGGCAGGUCCUCUUCCGGAGGAGAGUUUCCACAGAAUGCCAACAGCUGAUCAAGUGGUGUCUUUCCCUGCGGCCAGCUGACCGCCCAUCCUUCGAGGACAUUAUCAACCACUCAUGGAUGCAGAGCACGUCCUCCUCUGUAGUCCCAGCCACAGUGCAGACGGAGAAGACGACCACAGAGAUCAGGCUGCACAGCAUCGGCCAUGAGCCCACAGCCUUCAUCCCCACCCCUGUGGCUGCGGCUCGGUGAUGGAGGUUCACUCUGGUCUGAACCAGACCCUACAGUCACAAGAGACUAUUACAAAUAGACUUACGUAACAGGCUUGAAGCAGGGAGGAGGAUGGAGUGGGCCCUGCACCAAGGUGUAAAGGACUACACACAGAGGAGGUCGAUGUCAUAAAAAAAAACAUCUCAUGGCUUCAACCCGACAGGCCACACCCUCUCCACCCUCAUCACACCAAAUACUUGAUUCUCCCAGCCGCCGACAUUGUCGAUGUCAGAUCAUCAUCCUCGCUGGACUGUGAUCUAAGGCAAUGAGUGUUAAUCAGCGUGUGGGGGGGUGCUCUGUGUGCACAGACACCUGCGUUGAGCGAAUACAGAACGUGCUCUCACUGUUCUGCUGCAUGGCCAGCGGACAGUCUGAGUUAUGUUACCUCUCGCUACACUGUACUCUACUCUCCCUCCAUUCUGUUUGAGUCGGUAGAGUAGAUACAUUGGCGGACAGUGAGGUGAUUUUCAAAAAGUGCCUUCUGUGAGAUUGUUGGGGGACCUGAAAAUACUUGAAUUUGUGAAAGCGAAAAGGCGCUAGAUCUCAACUGCCUUUCUGCUCCUUACUCUGUACAAGGCUUUAUAUUGUUUAUCGCUGUUUUAUUUUCCUCUCAUGGGCCUAGAUCAGUAAAGCCCAUGCCAUUUACAACCACUACUAUCACUACUACUACUACUCCAAUGUCAUUAGCAACCAGACAACCUCAUAGCUCCGGCAGCAACCUGUGCAAACAAAUCAUAAAGACAGCAACACUGGACUUACCUCGCUCUCUUUACUACAGCAUCCACCUCUACUCUACAACCUCCGCUUCCUCCUCUUCUCAUGUUGUACUGUAAACAAACAAAAGGCUUAGGCGACCGCUCUUUCACACCCACCUGAAUGCACACCACAAUGCAAACCAUACCGAAAUACAACAUCCUCUGCUCUUUUUUUUUUUUUUUUUUAUGUUUAAACAGUGCCUCACACAGGUCUUAAAAUUGGGUGGAGACAAGAAUUGUAAAUAAUAUUUAUUAUUGCUGUGGCUUCUUUCUCACACUAAGUGAGUGCAGAAUUUAUUUAUUUAUUUAUGAGAGAAUUUUGGCUGUAUGUAUUUCAUUCCACAGUCACCGAAGGGCCCACAGAUUAUUUAAAAGACAAACAAAGACGAGAUGAUUUUUUCUUUUCUUACCAUAUUUAUGGCUUGAAAUUUUAAGAAAGAGCAGAUGUGUGUGUAUGUUUGUGUAUGUAAUGUAAAUAAUGUUGUAAAUAGACCCGAAAGCACUUCCAUCUUAAUGUAUGUAAACAUUGAACGUCUACUGAUGGUAACUGGUUUUGUUACACUGUCGUCUGCUGUGGGAACAAGUGAAUUCUGAAUGUUGGAUGUUUGUGUGUGUGAAUGUAUUUGUGUGUGUGUGUGUGAGAGAGAGAGAAUGAGAAACUCUUGUGGUUUCAUGAUUGCAGCUUGGAUUGUUGUUUUUCUCAUCCAUUCAAAUUAGAAUUGUAAAUUAUGUUAGAAACUAUUUUUUAUACAAUUUCAAUAAAUAUUUUUUUAACUAUGA